CCUUGUUAAAAAUGUGCUGACCUCCCCCCGCCGCCGCGCCUGUGAGGAAAGAACCUUCGCCAGCGCUGUAGAGUGACACAACGUUUUCCGUACAUCCCCUUCCCGCAAAGCCGUUUUCAUUCUGUUUAACAUGGUGUAGGUCUUGGUAGUAGUCGAGGACUGUGCCUGAUAAAGCAGAAGCUUUCUUUGGAAAAGUGGACAGAAACCAAGCAAGCAGGUUUUUGUUUUGGUGUUGGUGGUUUUUUUUUUUAUUAUAGGGGAAAAUAAGAAAAUUUCUGGUUGCUGCUGCUUAAUAGAAAGUGAAGUUAGCAACUCGGAAAGCCCUCUGCUUUUCUUUUCAGAAUCUUCCUUGGAGACAAAGGAUGGCAUAUGCUAAGGGCAGGGGGAGAGCAGGGAAACAGAGUGGCUUCGAUGCUGGUUCUCUAAUAGAGAACCCAAGGUCAGAACAGCAAGAGCUGUCUCUUACACAACAAGGAGGCAGCUGGCAUUCCAAGAUGCUUGUUUUGUAUUUUGAGAGUAAAUAUUAUUAGAGAUUACCUUUCUCCCUUCUUAUGGGCCACACAGUACAUUUUACCCUGCUCUUUCUUAAGACUCUUUCUGGGGAUCCCUCCUUUUCUUAAGGCUUCGAAGCUGAAGCCAGGCUGAUUGGCUUCUCAAACGCAAAUAUUUUACUAAUUGUUCUGCUUCUGAAUUUUCAAACUAUGCACAUUUGAACCUAACACUGAGUUAAAUUAUUUUUGUGGAAUGUAGAGCUGUCAGUAAAGAAGCAUGUACAGAAAUGCAUGCUUACAAAACCCUUGCCCCUUUCCAGUCUGGUACUGGUUAUUUUCUGUUUUCCUUUUGCAUGCCACUGACUUUUUUUUGUAAGACUUAAGAGAUGCAAACUGUAUUGAAAAUUGGGUCUCUGUUCAGAAACUUACUGGGCCUGCUGAGCUGCAUAGUUGAGAAGGAGUACACAGUACUUCUCUCACCAUCUUUGGCAUUAUUCAGGGCUAGAGGAAGCUGUCUAUAGGAACAUCCAGGCAUGCAAAGAACUUGCUCAAACCACCCGUACAGCGUAUGGACCAAAUGGAAUGAACAAAAUGGUUAUCAAUCACCUGGAGAAGCUUUUUGUUACAAAUGAUGCUGCUACUAUCUUGAGAGAGCUGGAGGUCCAGCAUCCUGCUGCAAAAAUGCUUGUGAUGGCUUCCCACAUGCAAGAGCAAGAAGUAGGAGAUGGAACAAACUUUGUCCUUGUUUUUGCUGGAGUUCUUCUGGAGUUAGCAGAGGACCUUCUGAGGAUGGGGUUAUCAGUGUCAGAGGUGAUUGAAGGGUAUGAAAAGGCUUGCAAGAAAGCCCUGGAAAUUCUUCCAGACUUGGUGUGCUGUUCUGCAAAGAACCUUCGAGACGUCGAAGAAGUGGCAUCUUUGUUGCACACUUCAGUGAUGAGCAAACAAUAUGGCAAUGAACAAUUUUUGGCAAAGCUUAUUGCUCAGGCCUGUGUUUCUAUUCUUCCUGAUUCUGGUCAUUUCAACGUUGAUAAUAUCAGAGUGUGCAAAAUUGUGGGUGCUGGUAUCUCUGCUUCCUCAGUACUGCAUGGAAUGGUUUUUAAAAAAGAAACUGAAGGAGAUGUUACUUCUGUCAAAGAUGCAAAAAUAGCUGUGUAUUCCUGCCCUUUUGAUGGUAUGAUAACUGAAACUAAGGGCACUGUACUUAUAAAGAAUGCUGAAGAACUGAUGAAUUUCAGUAAGGGAGAAGAAAACCUAAUGGAUUUGCAAGUCAAAGCCAUUGCUGAUAGUGGUGCAAAUGUAGUAGUAACAGGUGGCAAAGUGGCAGACAUGGCGCUUCAUUAUGCCAACAAAUACAACCUUAUGUUAGUCAGGUUGAACUCAAAAUGGGAUCUGAGAAGACUCUGCAAAACUGUUGGUGCAACAGCCCUACCCAGACUGACUCCCCCUACUCUAGAAGAAAUGGGUCACUGCGAUAGUGUCUAUUUAUCGGAGGUGGGGGAUACGCAAGUUGUUGUAUUUAAGCAUGAAAAGGAGGAUGGUGCCAUUUCCACUAUACUUAUUCGUGGAUCUACAGACAAUCUGAUGGAUGACAUAGAGCGAGCAGUGGAUGAUGGUGUAAACACUUUCAAAGUACUCACAAGGGAUAAACGUCUUGUUCCUGGAGGUGGUGCAACAGAGAUUGAAUUAGCCAAGCAGAUCACAUCUUAUGGAGAGACUUGUCCUGGGCUUGACCAGUAUGCCAUCAAGAAGUUCGCUGAGGCACUUGAAGCCAUUCCUCGAGCACUGGCAGAAAACUCUGGAGUAAAGGCUAAUGAGGUCAUCUCCAAACUUUAUGCUGUGCAUCAGGAAGGGAACAAAAAUGUUGGAUUUGAUAUUGAGGCUGAAGCUGCUGCUGUGAAGGAUAUGUUGGAAGCUGGUGUAUUAGACACAUACCUUGGAAAAUCCUGGGGUAUCAAACUAGCGACAAAUGCAGCAAUAACUGUGCUAAGGGUAGAUCAGAUCAUCAUGGCAAAGCCAGCUGGUGGCCCUAAACCUCCAUCAGGAAAGAAAGACUGGGAUGAAGACCAAAAUGAUUGAACAGUUUAACUGUACUUGUUAAGUGACAUGAUUACGAGUUUUUUAAUACUCCAGGUGGAGCCUGUCAUCAUAUUUUGCUCUGUUGCCUUUAAGUUAUGAACUGUGUCCAAGGGAGUGCAGAACUUUGACCACUUCAAUAAACAGUAGUCACUGUUAAAAUGUUAACUGCC